GUUUUACGCCACAGUAUAUCAUAAUUGGGCCACAGCGCGCACAUUAUGCUUCUUUAAAUGGUUUUCAGAUAAUCAGCUUGGCGCUUUUUAGCUAUUUGUUACGCAGAGCUGCUUGUGCACUGCGCCUCAUGCAUGGAUCUGUUAGCAAGAGCUAGCUCUGAAACCAAAACUCAAACAAACACUCAGAAUAGAUGCAGAUGUGUCUCAGUCUGCAGCCUAAAUGUGUUCAACCUGAGCGCCCUGUGCUUAAUAAUGUGGUUUUAUAAUACACUGCAUGUAGUGAAGUGAACAUGUGUACAGCAGUAGUAUUGUUUGUGUUGGGUUGAAUGAACUUGUCAGUAUUGUGUGUCUUGAACAGUCCCACAGUGAAAUCACGAGGACUCUCACCAACUUGUGUUUGUGUGCAGCAUCACUUCAAAUGUUUACAACGGACUUUGAUGACAUUCUCUGGGCAUUGGUGAAGGACCAGAGUUUCAUCAGCCAUGUCGGUGAGGGAGUCGUUUAACCCUGAAAGCUAUGAGCUGGACAAGAGCUUCAGACUCACACGCUUCGCUGAACUCAAGGGCACAGGCUGCAAGGUGCCACAAGAUGUAUUACAGAAGCUGCUAGAAUCUUUACAGGAGAACCACUAUCAAGAGGAUGAACAGUUCCUGGGGGCAGUUAUGCCCCGGUUAGGCAUAGGUAUGGACACCUGUGUGAUCCCCCUCAGACACGGAGGCCUUUCUCUGGUGCAGACUACAGAUUACAUCUACCCCAUUGUGGAUGACCCGUACAUGAUGGGAAGAAUUGCUUGUGCCAAUGUUCUAAGUGACCUGUAUGCCAUGGGAGUGACGGAGUGUGACAACAUGCUGAUGCUCUUGGGAGUCAGCAACAAAAUGUCAGAGAAGGAGAGGGACAAAGUCAUCCCAAUGGUCAUCCAGGGAUUCAAGGAUGCAGCGGAGGAGGCGGGCACGUCUGUAACAGGAGGACAAACGGUGCUCAAUCCCUGGGUGGUGAUGGGUGGAGUUGCUACGACAGUCUGCCAGCCCAACGAAUUUAUCAUGCCAGACAAUGCAGUGCCAGGAGACGUGUUGGUAUUGACUAAGCCUCUGGGAACACAAGUUGCUGUAGCUGUACACCAAUGGUUAGAUAUUCCUGACAAGUGGAACAAAAUAAAGUUAGUGGUAACCCAGGAAGACGUCGAGCUGGCCUACCACGAAGCCAUGAUGAACAUGGCACGACUCAACAGGACAGCGGCCGGCCUCAUGCACACCUUCAACGCCCACGCAGCCACCGACAUCACAGGGUUCGGGAUCCUCGGCCACGCGCAGACGUUGGCGAAACAGCAGCGGAGCGAAGUGUCAUUUGUCAUCCACAAUCUCCCCGUCCUUGCCAAAAUGGCCGCCGUGUCCAAAGCCUGUGGCAACAUGUUUGGUCUCAUGCACGGCACCUGCCCAGAAACAUCAGGAGGCCUGCUCAUCUGUCUGCCACGGGAGCAGGCCGCACGCUUCUGCGCCGAGAUCAAAUCUCCGAAGUACGGAGAGGGCCACCAAGCGUGGAUUAUCGGGAUUGUAGAAAAGGGCAACCGCAUGGCCCGCAUCAUCGACAAACCUCGGAUCAUUGAGGUGGCGCCGCAAGCUGCCACGCAGAACGUCAACCCGACCCCCGGUGCAACUUCUUAAUCCACCUUUGCUGAAUCACAGACCAGAAACCCUGAAAGCUCUGUUGAGUGAUUUUUAGACACAUAAACUACAAAAACCAUCCUAGAGUGUUGAAAUAUAUACACACACACAAUAGUAUGUACACAGAAAAGACUGGGCUGGUGCGUCUACAUGGAAACCAGUGCAGCAACACAGUGGCUCGGAGGAGUAUGUCGCCACCCAGUGGACUCAACCUCAACUACACCCUCGAUUAAAAAAAAAAAAAAAAUUAUUGGUAAGAAAUAAGAGUGUACUUCAAAUCCAUAUGCCUUUUGUGUCUGUUGUAUAAUGUAAAAUGUGCUUGGAUGAAAGGCAGCUUUUGGUAAGAGAGCGAUGAAGACAAUAAUCUGAUGCUUUUGAUUCAUUUCGAAUCACAGGAAGUCUGGAGUCUGUCGCCUCUUAAACUUUGCUCUCAUCAAGCGACAUCAAGGUGGUGUGAUGUGUUUCUGUUUGUCCGUUCACUUUGUACAGUCAUAAAAAGCCUAGUUUUUAGUUCAUUGCUGUAACUGAUGCCUUGAAGGAGUUUGACCAGAAUGUUAAUUUCAUUUCUUUUUUUUGUUUUGUUUUUAUUUCUUUGACUUUUUUUUGUAUUGUCCCCACACAAACUAAUAAAUAUUCAAAUAGAAGACGGUUUGUUUGAGCUGCAGCCACGAGCACGUACAUAAAUCUGUCACGAAGCUUCCAGCUUAAUACGUUUAUUUUUGUUUAUCCUCACUGGAACAAAACUGUGCAUGUUCAAAUGGAAAUCAGAGCCCAUCUCUUAAAAUAAACUCCUUAUGAUAUA